CUCGCCGCGUCCCACCCUUUGGUUGCCCUCAAUGUCCGGCUUGUCGCUACACGAGCAGUUGGCCCUCCUCUCGUCAUCCGCCGCGUCCAUUGUAACACCAUACUUCGCUGUUGGCGUCUCACAUGCCGCAGGAGUACAUACCAUGUUGACAGGCACUAUGAUAUACGAUCUCACACGCAAGCGCAGCCCGGUCGGCUUCAAGAACUGGGUCGGUUACCCGUGCAUUAUCAUGUACAUCUGCUCUGCGGCACACUUUAUUGUCAGUGUGUGUUAUGUUCGUGGGGACAUCCAGUCUGUGCAAAAUGAGCGGACACUGCUGGCGCAUUGCCUGGACACCCUUCCGAGCUGCGACAUCACAGGUUUGAUAGAAGACAACACGCCAUGGCUUCUGCCAUAUCUGCCGUUCGCACUUACUAAGCUUCUCAUCAUAAACAUGGCCAUCAGCGAUAUUAUUGUCAUUUGGAGAGCUUGGGUGCUCUGGCCGUGCCAUCGCGUUGUCCAGACCAUAUCGGGACUGCUACUUCUUAGCACCCUAGGUUUAUUGGUAUUCGGUGCUAUCCAAGCUCCCGUUCAGAUUAUCAGCCCCGUUGGCCUCCCCGGAAUCAUAUUUUCGUGGGUGACAAACUUGUGGUCGACAAUGCUCGUAUCAUGGAAGGCAUGGCAACAUCGUCGGUUGAUGAGAGCAUACAUGAGCCGCGGGAGGUCGCGCUCAAGAGCAGAGAAGGCUCUCCUUCUUUUUGUUGAGUCCGGUCUCCUGUAUUCGAUGUUGUGGAUGUUUGUUGCAAUAUCCAGCUGCAUCAUGGUUGGGAUGGGAGCCACAAGCCUUUCGGCCCGUCCUGAGUUUAUAGGACUCAGCGAUUUUGUCAAUUUUAUUGUAACAUUUUGCCUGAUCCAAUUCGUUAGUCUGUAUCCAACAGUGACAGUUAUCCUCGUCAGGCACGCGGACUCAUAUUACAACCGCACACUUGUGCUUGCAAGUGUGUGCGCUCCUCAGUUGGCUGCUGUCCAUGUACACCCAGAUAUUGACGUACUUUCUGCUGAUAUGAUAAUGCCGAGAUCAAGCUUCGGUACUGGAGCGGAAGAUUCAGUGAAAGAGGUGGUGGAUCCUGUCUUAGUCUCCAUUUCCCUAUCACGCAGUGUUCAAAGCUGAACCAUAAUCUUGUACCCCCAAAAUAUAUUACGU